CUCAGCCAGGGUAGGUGAGCAGCAAGGACCACAUUAAGCCCCUCUCAACACUAUGGGACUCACAAGUGACCCCACCUUCCAGAAACUGAAGGAAUGGUACAGAGCCCAUGCCUUGAGCCUCAACAUGAGGCAAAUGUUUGAAGCUGACAAGGAAAGAUUCAACAAACUCAGCACAACACUAAAAACCGACGAUGGAGAGAUUCUUCUAGAUUACUCCAAGAAUCUCCUCACUGAGGAUGUCCUAAAGAUGCUGGUUGAACUGGCAAAGUCAAGAGGAGUGGAUGCUGCCAGGGAGAAGAUGUUCUCUGGAGAGAAGAUCAACUUCACUGAGGGCCGUGCGGUGCUCCACGUGGCUCUGAGGAAUCGCUCCAACACUCCCAUCAACGUUGAAGGGAAGGAUGUGAUGCCUGAAGUCAACAAGGUUCUUGAGAAGAUGAAGGGCUUCUGUCAUAAAGUUCGUAGUGGUGAGUGGAAGGGCUACACUGGAAAAGCCAUCACAGAUGUGGUCAAUGUUGGCAUUGGUGGAUCAGACCUGGGUCCUCUGAUGGUCACAGAGGCUCUCAAGCCUUACUCUAAGGAUGGACCCCGUGUGUGGUUUGUUUCCAACAUCGACGGCACACACAUUGCCAAGACCCUAGCUCAGCUCAAUGCUGAGACCACCCUCUUCAUUGUGGCCUCUAAGACAUUCACUACCCAAGAGACAAUCACCAAUGCUGAGUCUGCUAAGGAAUGGUUCCUCAAUGCAGCAAAAGAUAAAUCUGCAGUUGCCAAACACUUUGUGGCUCUCUCCACAAAUGCUCCCAAAGUUAAGGACUUUGGCAUUGACACAGAGAACAUGUUUGAAUUCUGGGAUUGGGUCGGUGGACGUUUCUCCUUGUGGUCUGCUAUUGGGAUGGCCAUUGCCUUGCACAUAGGCUUUGAUAACUUUGAGAAGCUUCUAUCUGGGGCUCACUGGAUGGACAACCAUUUCCGCACAGCCCCUCUGGACAAGAACGCCCCCGUUCUCCUAGCUCUACUGGGCAUCUGGUAUAUCAACUUCUUCCAUGCCGAGACUCACGUCAUGCUGCCCUACGACCAGUACAUGCAUCGCUUCACCGCCUACUUCCAACAGGGUGACAUGGAGUCCAAUGGAAAGUACAUUACAAAAGAUGGUGCACGAGUGGACUACCACACUGGGCCCAUAGUCUGGGGAGAGCCAGGAACCAACGGGCAGCAUGCUUUCUACCAGCUUAUCCACCAAGGUACUCGCAUGGUGCCAGCUGACUUCCUCAUCCCUGCCCAAUCACAGCACCCCAUCAGGGACAAUCUUCACCAUAAGAUUCUGCUGGCUAACUUCCUGGCCCAGACUGAGGCUCUGAUGAAGGGGAAGACCACAGAGGAGGCUAAGAAGGAGCUGGAGGCUGCUGGCCUGACAGGAGAGGCCCUGGACAAGCUGCUGCCACACAAAGUAUUCCAAGGAAACAAGCCAACCAAUUCAAUUAUCUUCAAGAAACUGAAUCCAUACACACUGGGGGCACUUAUUGCCAUGUACGAACACAAGAUCUUCGUCCAGGGCACUAUGUGGGAGAUCAACAGUUUUGACCAGUGGGGAGUGGAGCUGGGCAAACAGCUGGCGAAGCAGAUCGAGCCCGAACUGCAAGACAAGACUGAGGUGAAGUCGCACGACUCCUCAACCAACGGGCUCAUUAACUUCCUCAAGAAAAACUUCUAAAGAAAAUCAAAACUCCCCACUCCACCACAUCCCUCACCUCGACUAUGCUCUCCAACUGAACCCUGCUGAUAGGGGAUGUUUGUGCUGAGGUCACUGUAAACACACCGUUGUUGAGCCACAGCAAUGAUCGUCCCCUCUACACAGAGGAUUGAAAGCACUAUCUAUGUCUGUAUUGUUAUUGUCUGUCUACCUCUUGACUGUUUGUGUGUUGCCGUCAGACGGUAUUCUAACUAAAUGUUGAGAGUUUACUAUUAUAAGGGGAAAGAUGUUCCUUCAUGGAUGGGAUGGUAUGACAUCUUACUAAAUAAAUGUUAAUGCCCCUCAGUGAUUGACCAUGGGGUCUAUUA